AUGUUGAAGAACAAUAUGAAAGGUACACUAAAUUAGCUUAACAGUAAUUAUAAUAAAAAUAAUAAUCAUUUUUCAAAGUUUUUGAGAAGCAAAAACUUAUAACCCUUCAAGUAGGAAUUAUAUCUGUAUAAUUUAAAUAAUUACAAAGAUGCUUGUAUAAAUAUGGUGCGGCUCUUUUGCAGUGUUUUAUUAUAGUGCACAAAUAUUUAGUGAUUUAUCAGAUAAUGACAUUACUCAAAAAACAAUAUUUACGAUAUGUCUUGGAUUAUCUGGCUUUCUUGCCUAAUUUUUGACCAUUUAUAUGGUUAAUAAAAUUGGGAGUAAAUACAUUUUAAGUAUUUAAAUAUUACACUUUUAAUAGUGAUUGGUUCUUUGAUAAUCGGAUCUUUAAAUUUAGCAGUUUCCAUAAUAUCUUAACAUGCCAAUUAAGGAACAGAAUUUAUAAUUUUCAUUUUAUUACUUUUGCUAAUUAUGACCUUUGCAGCUACAUUAGGGCCUGUAGCGUGGGUAAUAAAUGUGUAUUAUUUUGUAUAGAGCAUAGUGCCUUAAAUAAAUGACAGUGAUGGUACAUUUAUAUCUACUGAACUUAGAUGGAGCUUCUAAGCUAUUCUUAUUUUUUGUUUUCCUUUUUUGGAAAAGGGAAUCAAGAUUUUUGGCGGAUUUUUAUUAUUUGCCCUAAUAAAUUAUUUAUACUUUAUUUAUUGUCAUUUUUACUUGAUUGAUGGAAGAGGCAAAACUAAUGAAUAAUUAGUUGCUAUGUACCACAAUAAAUAUGGAUAUUCUGUCGUUCCUUUAGAGAAUUAAAAUAAUUUGCCAAAUAUACAAACCGAUGCACCAAAUACUUAAAUAAAAUAAUUAGUAAAUGUUCUUCCUGUAAAUUAAGAGGAGGGAGGAGAUCUUCCAGAAAAUUAAGAUGAAGGGGUUGAAAUAGAAUAGGAAAUGUGA